AUGAGUGAUGUGAGUGAAGACGCGCUGCUGGAUUAUUUCUACUCUACCGGAGGAAAUUCAGGCAGAGUGAAAAAUGCUGAUAUCCUCAAGACAUUUAAGCCCUUCAUUGGCCACAGUGACUUGCAGUUACGUGGUAAGUAGCGAGUCGUUUUUUAUCGUGGAGUCAGCGUAAAAAUAUUCGCUGAAAACAGGAAUAACACAUGAGAAGUGAAGGCGGCAUCAGUACAGCUCGGUACAGUGGGCUGAGUGUAAACUGACCUCGUGUUUGCUCCACACUAUCUUAUUUUGGAACUCUUUGUAAAAUGAUUCAUGUUUAUCUAAAAGCUUAACAUUCCCCAGUCUGUUGUUACAAACGGCUUUAAUGUCCUCUCAUUGUUCCCUGUUGUGAAGCAGACAUCUGGUUUGCAUUAAAAGCCCCUCUACAGACCUUCAGCUCCAGCAGGAAUUGUGUCAUUUCCUCCCGCAGGCUCUUGCUGCAUUGGUAACUGAGCAGAGGACGUGAACGCAACACAUCUCUUAAGCCUGACACCAAGCAGGGUCACAUGAAGGGCCUGUGGUCCCCCCCUCAAGCUAUAUGAAUAUUAGAAAUAAAUUUAAGAUGGUUGUGAAUAUCUAGUAAAUAUGAAUCAUGCUCUUUUAAAGGUUAAUGGUUGAGCUAUAGUGCCAAACUGAACAAAAAAUGCUGUUUUUUGCCAACAACCUAAAUAGUAGAACUAUCAGCUAGCCUUAACGUCACUCAAAUGGUAGAAAAUUCGCAAUUUUUUGCCACUUUCUCUUUCUUAAGUUGGGGAGUUUACAACCAAGUGAGCAUAACUAUCAGCUAACAUUAACGCCACCCAAGAAACUAGCUGAUUUUUGCUAGCAACAGCAGUGUUAGGACACUUCCUAGCUAACAGCAUCAUUAGCUAACAGUUGAAUGCUAACUUUAAUGUAAUGAAACCCAAACAGGUCUUCAAAAAUGUAGUUUUACUGUGUGAAAUGGAUUCAUUCCCCUUUAUGGUUUAUUAUCCCAGAAGGUCGCUGAUCUAUCGCGUCUAAGUAAAAUGGUAGCUAACGGUUGAACUAGGAUAUAAGAUAUAUAUGAAAUGGGUUUUUAAUUAUCAUGUUUCGGAUCUUAAAUUGUACAAAAAGGAGACUAAAUAAAUCUAUAGCCAAGUUAGGAUCACUAUUAGCUAACAUUAAUGCCACCCAAGAGACUAGCUGAUUUUUGCUAGCAACAGCAGUGUUAAGACACUUCCUAGCUAAAAGCAUCAUUAGCUAACAGUUGAAUGCUAACUUUAAUGUGAUGAAAUCUUAAACAGGUCUUCAAAAAUGUAGUUUUACUGUGUGAUAUGGAUCCAUUUUCCUUUACGGUUGAUUAUCUGAGUUAAGUCUGGCUUAAAUAAAAUGGUAGCUAGCCUUCGAACUUGAACAUAUACAUGAAUCACAGUUGAGUUUCCUGCCAUGGGUGCUGCCCACCCUGAACAGUAUACUAAUAGCCAGGCUUAGCUUAAUAAACUUACAAAUAGCUUUCAAACAAAUUAAUUUCAUUUUAAUCGUUACAAAUUAUUUUAUUAAUCUCUGCAGCUUUAAACAGCAGAAUGGUUGUAAAACUGUGUUUCUAGCAGGGUCUCACUGUCUUGCUCUCUGCUGUUCCUCUCCACCCACUUACUCUUCUGAUGCUUAUGCAAUCCUGCUCUGAAUCAUUGCUUACACUAAAAUUCCCCUCAUAUUUGGCCUCCAGAGAUAAACUGUGAUGGCAACAGGUUUUAAAAUGUUGGAAUGUGCUGAUUUUUCUAGCUGUGUAUUACAGUAAUCUGAAUAUUUGGGUUCCUGGAUGAAGAUAAGACAAAUAUUAAGUCAGAAAGUAGUUUAGUUGAACUGUGAUGGAUAUGACUCACUGUCAUGUGAUGCAGUAUUGACAAGCACAAACUGAGGAUAGUUUAGUCAAUAUUGGGGGAUAUUUUAACAGCUUUCUUCCUUGGGUGACAGGAGAUAAGAUAAAGAUACCAUUUGCGGUUAAAUUCCAGAUUAUAGACAUAUAAUGAUCGUGUAAUGUCUCAUUUUCCUUCCACUUUAAAAACGAGCUUUUACCUUUGGCACUGCCUGAAAUGCAAACAUAUCUGAACCUCCCUGAAUGAUUAUCCAAAGUGACCUUGCACCGUGGUUACCAGCAUGUACGCUCCAGAUGCUAUGUCAGCGGUGCAGUUGUUGACAGAGGUUUAGACAGCCGCCUUGUUCCUCUGCCAUCUGACAUGCUGUCCAAUUAAAAAAAGUGCUUCCCACACAUUUAAAGUCUGUCGGAGCAUGUGGUUGCAGAUUUUCAAGUGGUAAUCGUGAUGAUAGUGUUUUAAUCAUAAUUAAGCACACAUGCAUGACUGGAUGAAGACCUUUAAUGCUUUUUCAUCACAUCUGAAAACUGGGGCACAGUGGGGAGUGGAGCUGCACCAGGAGGGGGGUCCGAAACGUGUUUGCGUUACUUGUUUUUGCGGACUUCUGGCUAAUAAAUAACUUGCUUGCAUUCUGUGUUACUUGUGCAAAGGAAUUCUGUUGUCGAAGCAGAUGUAAGCGACUGCUUCCUUUGGGUUUCCUGUUGUUGUGACCAUGAGCUGUGCAACUAUCUCUCUACAAACGUCCUUUCCGUCAACACCAGGAAAAAGGAAACACUUCGAUUGUCCCGAGCUGCAUUCCGACAUACACCUAAACGCAUGAAUGGAAUACCUACGCUUGGAAAAAUGUUCUUGCACGGCCGCUUGAUAAGCAGAGUAAACUCCUGAUCACGCUGUCUGCACACGUCUGAACAUCUGCUUAUCGUGUAAACAAAGAGAUAGCUUUAUCUGAUGAGGUCUAUCAGCUGCGGUUUGUUUGGUUCCCACAGGAAAGAAUUACUGAAGGUCUUUAGUGACUCAGGUUUUGGCCUUUGGGGCUUCACUGUGAUGCGCUGCAGGGAAACCCCUUCCCACUCUUUGAGCUAGUGUUUGUCCUCCUCACUCUUCUCAUUCAUUGUAAUGAGAUUUUGCUCAGUCAUCCAGAAGUGUAACAGCUCUAACAGCUUCGCUCUUACUUGAGAUGAAACAAACCAGAAGCUAAUCCUGUAGGCUGAAGCUCACAAACCACACGUCUACUUAUAGUCAACAUAUACUUAAACAUUAAAGAAGCAUUUUCAGUCGUUUCCUUUACAUGUACAGAAAAGCUGAUCUGUGUAAGUGAGAUCAGCUCUUUCCUCUCAUGAGAGACCAUUUACAGCAUGUUUUGGCCAAUUUGAGUUAUAGCAUGAAGCGGGGUUCGCAUAUUUUUGAGUUCAUGUAUCAACACGAUCCCUUUAAGAGGAACAUCAGUAUUUUUUAUGAGCUUAACUGUGCUGUACUGAUGGGGAGAAAUGGUCUAGUAUUGGGGGAGAGCGGAGCAGCUGGCAACCAUGAAACAAGCUAAAAGUUAGUUUGAUCAGGCGAUUGCGUAUUGUCAAACUGCGCCCACCACAUGCGCUUUGUUUCACCACAAACAGUGUCCGAGGUAUCAACUCCAGACACUUCCAAGCUUCUAACUUCACCAAUCUGACUCGUUUUAUGCCAUCCAACACUCUCAUGUGAACCUCAGAUCUCAAAAACACAUUCUGAAAACCUUUUGGCUUUAAGACAAGGAAGCCAGAAUCUGAAAAUAUGCUGCCUUAUUUCCGGGUUUUUACACUCUAUCAGAAGCCAUCUUUGGUUCUCACAUCAUUUUUUGUUUCCUUGCAGCUAAAUACAGAGAAGAAUUCAAGCUCAUCAUUGACCGGAUCGCCGUGGUGAAGUCCGAGAAUGUGAGUGAACUUUGGAAUAUUUUUACCUUUUGUGGGAAAAAAGCUCUGCUCCCAUUGACUCACAUUGACAGAGUGAGGCCUAAGCACACUAAUAUGUCACUAUUAUGUAAUGGAACUAUCAUGACUGAAGGAGGGUGUAGGCCAAGAUGUUGACGUCACUUUUUACACAACUGUUUGAAUCCACUGGUUUUCCCCAAAGAUAAUGCAACUGCAAAUUCAAGCUAUUUCUAUCACUCUGUGAGCUGUAGUCAUGUUAGUGUUGAAACCUUUUCUUUGCCCUUGUUUUGAAAGAAAAAGUCCUCGUAUUACAUUUAAAAUCCCACCUAAAACUUAAUUUUCUCAUGUUUGUUUGAAGGAUCAAGGAUGCGUUUUUAUGAGCUAAAUAAUUUCUUGGUCUGGUGCAACUAUAGCAUGAUCCUUCCUUGAAAAAGUGCAAAUUAUUGCUCCAAAAAAUUCACAUUUAUGCUCAUUAACUAUUGCCUUUAACAUUGCACACAGCCAAACCCUCACAGUGGGAUGUCUCGAUAGCAUAUUUCCUAGUUUUUCACAGUUUCCUAGUUUUAAAUUCAAACUAGCAUGGAAGUUUAGCAUCCACACAUCUUUCACACAUAAAUUAACUAUAACUGCAUUUCUUUACACAAAAUACUAGCAAACUACCAAUGAGUUGCACCCAUAUUUCCAUUUAUUCUCGUCAAAAACAACUGCAUACAUUACUAUAGUGUAUUACCAUAUUUUUUUUUACUGUUUUUUUUUUUUUUAUGGGAGACUUUAAACAAAAAUUCAUCAAAUUGGACAAAAACAUAUAUAAGCUGUCAAUAAAUGCUUUUUUAAAUAUAAUAUUUACAAAAUAAAUCAAAAAUAUUACCAUUUCUGAAUAGGGAUGCACAGAUCCGAUAUUUGGAUCAGAUAUCAGCUCUGAUAUUGACAAAUUAACUGGAUCGGAUAUCUGAUGAAUGACGCUGAUCCAGCUUUCCGAUCCAGUCUUUUUUUUCUUUUAAUUAAUAUCGUACACAGCAACACAGUGAUUCUGUUCGCUCUAUAUUCUAUGUCUGUCUAUCCUUUUGCUCUAAAUCUUUACAUGGAAGUCUUACUUCUUUUUGCUGUGUGCUAAUGUGUGUUAAUAAAUAAUAUUAAGUAAAUUUAUAUCUCUGUUAAUUUGUUACUUUUUUUAAACAAGGCUAAUGUCAAGCCUGAUGCCUUCACUCACAGGGCGAGGUAUACAGUUCACUCAUUCAACAGUAGUAUUGGAUCAGUAUCGGAUAUCGGCUGAUAUGCUCAGCCCAGUUAUCGGUAUCUGAUUAGAUCGGGAAAAAAAUGGAUCGGUGCAUCUCUAUUUCUGAAAGUAAAAUUUGGUCAAGAUCUCCACAGUUUGUUUCUUUUGCAGCUGAGGGCUGUAACUAACAUGAUUUGUCAUCUGGAAUAAACAGAUUUAAAACCGCAGAGAUUUGAGAUUAAACAGAUCAUGAGGAACAAAAAAUCUGUUGUUUUCUUUAAAACAGUAAAAACUGAAUCUUCUUAUAAUCAUGUCAGGUCAUUCUCCAUCAAAUCAGUUUAAAAAGGUUUGCUGGCUGCCUCGUAUUAUAGGUAUUUAAUCAUAACCGGCGCCUAAGAUGAUAAUUACGCCCACUUACACACACGCGUACACUCACAAACACUCUUAUGAAACUAGUGCACAAGGAGGGCAAGAUGACAUUUUCUGUAAAAAAAACAACCUUUCAUUAUCAAACCCUGGCUGUAUAUUAAUAUAGACGCCACGCCUACAUUUCCUCCCAUUAUGAGGAAUGAAACCAAAAUAUCACCUCAGUGCUCUGACAUAUUUCAGAGGACUGACGUCAGAUCCUUAACUAACCGAUAAAAUCCCUCUCCAAGAUCUGUCACAGCAGAAUAAAUUAAGUUUAGUUGAAUUAUUCGUCACUUGGAUGUUUUCUUAACCUCACAUUAGCCUAAAUUAAAUCUUCCUCUUAAACCGCCUCUUAAAUUAGUUGGCACAGAGCUGACACAUAAAAACAUGUGAGUUACGUCUGACCCACAUGACUCUGGUUUCUCGCUUCUUAUCAAAGAGCGCACUGUGCUGUCUGCUUGUGUCUGCCUCAGGGGGAGAAGUAUCUCGUCCUAAAGAAGAAAUACAGACAAAUGCUGCACGACCGAGACGUCAAAAACCCCGGAACCAAUGGGGACAGACACGCACGUUCGAGCCCGGCCAGAACUACCGCCGCUGUGGCGUGGGACUCCACCGAUUCCUCGACUUCUCCCUCUCACCUGAAGGAACCGCAGGAGGAGCCGAUGGUGUGUGGCGAGGCCGACUCGUCUGCGGAGGUAAAAUGAAAAAGCAGCUUUCUCACUCGACUGUCUACCCACAACAAAAAAACAUCAACUUUGUGGUUAAAGUGGCGAUGAUUCAGCAACAAGCUUUUGUGCUAAAAUGCAUCUCGCCUAAAGUGCCGUCACUCCAGCUCAGCAUGUUUACUCUGUAUGUGAAUGAGGCGUUUAUUUCUAAACAAGCCUGUCUUUGUCAGCGAGCUCGAGCUGUGCUGGCUGCACAUUUACACAGAGGGAGACUGCAGAUCGAAGUUAGCCUGGAUGAUAGAAAGAGAAGGUCAAAGGGCUUAUGUCUUUACUGUAAGGUUAAAGCUGUUUAAUGUACAGGAGCACUUUACUGUUGUGAAAAUAAACACUCUGCUGCUGCUGCUGCUGCUGCUUUAAUGCACAGUAAUCCUCUUGGAGUACUUUUACAUAUUGUUGCUGCAGUUAACUUUGGCAUUUCAUCACAGAUUUGGAGAUUAAUAUGUUUUAUGCAGCUCUUUAGAUAUCCUCAAACAGGCUCUAAAACAAACUAAACGUGUGGACGAUGAGGGGAAGAAAAGAGCAUCAGAUCAAAAGUCUGGGGGUUUUUCUUACACGUUGCGUUUGUGAUCCUGCAGGGUCGGAGAACGCCUCCUGGCAUCCAAAUCCACGAGCCCUCGGAGCAAAACAACGGGGACGAUGAGCUGGACAAAGACUCGGGGUCAAAGGUGAUGAUAUGGAUGACUGAGAGGCAGAGCUCUGGAAAUACGGCAGAUGAUAAAUGGUUACAUAUCAUCGAAAAAAACAUGACAGAUAUUUCACAAGACAAGAUGGAUUAUUAUGGAUUAUAUUAGAGCUGGUCCUUAUUUUCAAGAAAUCAAAAGGUUAAGAGAUAGUUUAGUGUUAACUCGAGGAAUUUGACGUUAAAGACAGCCUCUGAACUGUGUCUAAUAAAGUCUAGAAGACCAAGUGAGGAGGGAUGGGAUGUAGGGAUGAGAUGACUGUCCAACAUUUUAAUACAAAAUGCAAUAAUGAAGGUUAUAAGGAUCAGCUGUGAUAAACCUAUAAACUUUGUUUUUAUAGCUCUUUUAAAUCAGGAUUACAAAGGGCAUUUAAAAAUCAAAACAACGUAAAGAAACGUGAGACUAAUGAAACGGAAAAAUUUAAGUUUUAAUCAAAAUAGUGGUGAUUUGACUAUAAAAAAGAUGAAAAAUAGAUGAAUAAAAAAAGAAAGAUUGAUUAAUUUUUAAUUUCAAACCUUUAUUUAUUCUCGAAGGGGCAUUGAGGUUUCCCUCAUUUCCAAUACAAUCGAAAUUACAAUUACAGAACAUAUAAAAUUUACAAAACAUUAGAAUCAAUGAAAACAUGUACAAUCUGAAAUGAAAUGUUUCAAAAUCAAAGUCCUAAACUCUGCAAGAGAGGGAAGAGUUGCAAUUUUUAAAGUUUGUUGGAGGGUAUUGGAAGAGUUUCGGGCAUCAAAAGAAAAUUUUGUUUUUCCAAGUCGACUAUAAACUCGAGGGAUUCGAAAGUUUAGCAGAUAGAAGGAGCGGGUUGUGUAUGUGAGCGCAGGAACGCAGAAAUUAGGAAGACAUAAAGAAAAAUAAAAAGACUUACAUCCUUAAAACUUGUGACCACCAUGAAAAAAGAUUUAAAAAAUACUAAAAAUAGAUUAAAAUUACAAGAUGCAGCUGGUGAUACUGCCAAAAAUUGAAAAAUUAAACUGUUCCUACAGGAUUAAGACAAGCUCAGCUAACAUCUCCCAUUAAGAGAAGAAAUAGAGCAUCAAUAAUCAAUAUCCUGAAAAAAACUUUGAUUUGUAUCUUUAAAAAAUAUUCAACAGUGACUACAGGUUGUCAAUUAUUUGGUGAAUGGAGUCUGUGGUGCGAUUUAAAUCUGUAUAACUACUUGUUUGAAGCGGAAUAUCAACAAUAUUUAAACUCCUGGAAGAAAAAAACUUUACCUCUCAGAUUCAUGACGUUUCAUUUCAAUCCUAAUCAAGGUCCAGGUUAAAGAUCAGAUGAUAAAUCGGAUAAAAGACACAACUAUGAAUGUCUCAAUAACUGAUGUUUUAGUUUCAGCUCAGUGUGUAUACUCCUGCAGUUCCUCCUUCACCCACCAGAUGGUGCUAAGAUAAUUACCUGGAUUUGUAACCUGCGGUUUGUGUUGAAUUUGAGUGGGAGGAGAACCCGACGGGGGAGCAGGGGUCCAGAAUCUGCAUUUAAAUGAGUCCCUCUGUUAUGAUGUAAAGCAGCAACAUGUUGGACCUCAUUAGAAAGAUAAUAAUCAUCUGUGGCCAUUAAAGCGAUUGAGAUUCAGAUCUGCUGCCCUGCUUGAUGGCUCACACAAUAGACAGAUGAAAUAUGUUGAAGGGUGUUAAUAAAGCACUGCAAUCAGAUUAAGUGUGUUUGCUUUAGGUAUUAGUCACACCAUUGAACUCUGGAUGUAGGACACACUAUUGUUUUAGAUGACAGAGGCUACCUGGCUGCUUGAACUCAGCGUCACUUCACCUGAGGGAAAAGAUGUGAUAGAACAGAUUUAUCCAGGGGCAAGAGUGUUUGUUCGUUAUCUGUAUUUUAGUGACACUUACUCUGUUGUUGGUGUUUGUGUCUGAAAUAGGAAACUGAAAAACUUUAAAGCUGGUUCUUCAGAAAGGAGCUGAACUGAGAUCCUCUCUCAAUGAUACACUUAUUAUUGACAAGCACUUCAUGUAACCCCACUGAAAAGGAAAUAAAAUAAAGAGCUCUUUUAAGGCCCUCUACAGCUCAAGGACUAUUCUGAUAACUGAAAAAUGGCCACCUGCACUCUCUCAUACAGGUCUACACUCUCUCGCUCUCUACGCUCUGCCAAUGAAAUGCACCUGGUGCCCCCAUCACAACAAGACCCAACUCCACUAACCGGACUCUUCUCCUCUGUUGCACCCCAGUGGAGGGAUGGAUUACCAAACUAUUAGAUCCUCAGAGUCCCUAUCUACCCUUAAAAAAAGGCUCAGCUCUUUCAAGAACACCUGAGCACUUAAACUCAGCUCUAAUCUGUAUUCCUCAGAACCACUUUGGAUGUAAACAGUCCCUUUCUACUUCUGAGACACUUUUUGACUCAGCUCUUGUUGUGGAUAUAGAUGAUGAUGGGACGAUAAUCAUGAUACAACAUGACAGCAAAAAAGAAGUGUGCAAAGCCUUAGUAAUGCAGGACAGCGACACAUCAGUUUGUGUCACUUAAGUUUCUUUCCAUCUACUGUAGAUCUUUGCUUCUCUUGUACUUACACUCAAAUAUAUAAAAUAGUGUUGGACGUUAGCAACAUAGUCACAUAGUGGAAAAGGGUUCAUUUCAACAGCAGUGGAGAAAAAAAUUUUUUUUUUCUAGUUUGAGCUUCUUAAAUGUGAAUAUUUGCUGCUUAUCUGAUAACCUUGAAAGAAAACGAAGAGUCUGUUUUCUAUAAUAGAAAAGUUGGUAUUUCCAAAAAUAAUUCCAAAAAGUAUGAUAUGGAAAAGUAUGGAAAUUCCAACUGUUUGGGAACCCAAACUUGGAGGAGAAAGCGACAAUUAUGACAUGAUUCACAUCAAACCUGUGUAAUUUAACCACUAAGAUGAACAUGCGCCUCAGAUUCUGGGUUUUAAACUGUUGGUUGGAUUAAAGACGCAGUUUUAAAACAAAAUUUUGGGUUUUGAAAAUCUUUUUUUUUUACAUUUUUACACUGAAGAAAAAAUUAAGAGAGCCACACUUUUGUGAAAUUUUUGUUGACAAAUUGAUAGAUACUAAACAGCAGCUCCAUCUUGGCCUUACAAACCAAAUCUUCUGGUAAGCAUGAAAUAAAUUACGUUUUUGUGAGUCUUGAGCUGCUUUUUCAAAAGUUUUAGACGUCUCCCGGUCCCGUGGAAAAUGAGGAUUUUGGAUGUUUCACAAGCUUAGAAAUGAAACAAGUUUGGCAGCUUUCAAGGAACCAAAAUCACAAUUCAUAAAUUCCUGGCCUGACACAGUUUUUCUUUGCCUGUUAUUAUCGUCUCCAAAAGUGGACCAGGCUGGAUUAAUCCAAGCUGUGCUGAGUGUUUCUGUGUGAUCGGAGAACUCUAAGCGAUCAAAAACUCUCCUCUUUUCUGGAGGAGUGUUUCUCUUGACCCCCUUACGCCGCUAUGGUGAUAAAAACAAAUGGUGCGACUGUCGGCGUGUUGUUUUUGGGUUAAUUGUUAAUUGGAUUGUUAUUCAUUACCCCUCAAGUGUGAAAACGUCACCUCAGUCUCGCUGACUCAUUACCCCUCUAUCUGUCUGCCACCCUUUGGUCACGUCUCGUCAGCUGGAAAACAUCACAGCAGUGUGACCGGUGUGUGAAAGUGGAUGUGUGUGUGUGAGAUGCUGGAACAUGCUGUGGGACCAUUAUGACUGAUACGGUACAGUAAACAUGUGUCAGUUUGAUGUUUUGUCACCAAUGAGUAACAGCCGUCUGUUUUUUCUGUCUUUCAGUCCGAGUCAGAGCAAGACGAGGAGAGUACGGGCAGCAUGGGCUCCGCUGCUGUCGCUGUAAGUCCUUUUUUUUCUAGACUUUUUGUUUAUUUAGAUUUUAUGACUGGAAAAGGACUUCGGUUUCGCUCAAAGAGGGGUGGCAUUCAGGGUUUGGUCUUUGUAAAUCCACGUCCACUCUCCCUGCGGUGUCACUGCUAUCAGCUCUAAUUCCCUUUAAACCAUUAACAGAAGUAAAACUGUGUGCACUGUGAUCAUGGGUGUCUCCCACAUUGUGUCAGUUAGCCGUGACUCAGUCGUUUGUAGGAAACGGAUUAGAGGUUUGUAGUUUCAGCAUUAUCAAAAGAGGCCACAACAGGAUGUGGACAGUAGGGUGUGUGUGUGUGUGUGAGUGUGAGUGCCAGUGUGUACAUCUGUGUGUGUGUGUCUGAGCUCCACCUCUCUCCCCUCUGUUGCAGCUGGAUCCCAUAGAGAAAGAGUGGAUCUACUCUGCUGCUGGUGCUCGGGUCCCUGAUCUCUCUCAGCUGCUCAGUCAGGACCCGUCACUGGCAAACAAGAAGGUAUAACCUCACCUCUGCUCCACUUUUAAUGACUCACAGCUACUAAAAUCAUAUAUUUGUGUUUACAGUAGGGCUGGGUGAAAUGACCUCAAAUCAAUAUCACGAUAUAUUGAGCAGUUUACCGCAAUAACGAUAAAUGGACCGUCCUCCAUCUCCUCACCUGUCUUUCCCUCUUUGUUACAGACUGGAUGGGGCGGAGUCACGUCUCUGACGUAGGACAGCGUCUUAAAGGGACACGAGACCAUAGACUACCUACACACAUCCAAAACCAACCUUUAUUUAUUUAUUUAUUUUACACCGAAUAUACUGAUAUGGGCAAAAUGACGUCUGUUAUUUUUGGUUUAUCGCCCAGCCCUACUUAACAGCCACAUAUCUGUAACAGGGAUGCUUUAUGAGAAAAUUAAAGCUCCUAUAAGUAACUUUUAGUAGUCAUUCAUUCUAAAUGUCUAAGACUAUAACUAAAUCUAAUAGUUGAUGGUGUUUAGGGCUGGGCAAUAAACCGGAAAUUUAUUGAUACCGAAUGCAGAAGGAGAUUUUUUUUGUGUACUUGAGUACUAAAAGUUACUUAUAGGAGCUUUAAUUUUCUCUUAAAGCAUCCCUGUUACAAAUGUUUGGCUGUAAACUAGGGCUGGGCGAUAAACUGAAAAUUUACCGACAAGAAAAUUUACAACAAUAACCAACGUCAUUUUGCCCAUGUCGGUAUAUUUGGUGUCUAAAAAAUAAACGUUGGUUUUGGAUGUGUGUACGUAGGCUAUGGUCUCAUGUCCCUUUAAGACGCUGUCCUACAUCAGAGACGUGACUCCACCCCAUCCAGUCUGUAACAAAGAGGGAAAGACAGGUAAGGAGAUGGAGGACGGUUCAAAAGUUCAAAAGUUCAAAAGUCAAAAGCGGCUGAAGUAGACGAAGUUAAUGCAGCUUGUGGAGUAGUUAUCAUCCAUUUAUCGUUAUCGAGCUGAACUGAUCAAUGUAUUGUGAUAUUGAUUUGAAACCGUAUCGCCCAGCCCUAAUGCUGUUUAAAGUUUUAAACUUUCAGAUAUAGUAACAGUGUCUGUUGACGGAGGUGAAACCGCACCCCUCUUUUCAUCCAUUUACACGCCAUUGUCAUGCAACAGUACAACACGGCAUGGACAUGUAAAAAUGCAGUUUGCUCACGGUUGUUUCUUUAUUUGUCGCCAGUCUUAAAAAGCUUAAUCUGUACGCAAACAGGGGCCCCUCUAACAGACUUUGAAGUCCCUCGUUUGGUUCUGAGGUUUAGCCUCUUUCUGGCCCUGUUGGAUGUUGCAGCUGCGAUAUUGCUCUUUUUCCAGAUCCCAGCAACCCUUUCGAUAAGCGCGAGAAUGUCGAAUCUUCAUCCUUCAGUUUAAGACUUUUGUAAAGUGAACGAAUUUCACAGACGAAAAGGUUUUUGUUUAUAAAACUGUGAUUUCUCUAAUUCGUAUUUUUCUUUUUUGUGUUUCUUUUUGGCGUCAAACCAGGACUUCACAUCGGUGAGUAUUUACUGACUGUUAAUUCCAUGUUUGUGAAUAUUGACUCGUGUAAAGCUGACUUUUAUUGGUCUUACAUGGCUUUUAUCCGACUUAAGCUCUCUCAUUUUCUCAUUUUGACCUACUGUGGCUCCUGACUGUGACCAUGACCGACGAUCUCAGGGGGUAAGUUUCAGUAUUCAUACUUCUGUCUCCAGCUUGUGCGUAAUAACACCUGUUGGAGCAGAAGUUCACGCGCUUUUUUGCAUCAAAACUGACGAUGUUUCAGCUCUGGAGACAAAACCUCCUGUGUUUUGCUUGUGUAACUUUCACAAGCUCAUUCUGCCGAGAUUUUCCCCUUAAUCGUAUUCUGAGAACUCCGUGUUGAAACAUCCAGAUCGUGCAUUUCAAAGGUCCACUAUCAAAAGGAUUAUGAAAGAUAGCUUUUUAGCUCCUGUGCCCCCCUGACAACCCAAAUCCUUUUAUUUGUCUCCCUGUGCGCUUAAGAGAUUUGAGCUCAUGUUUGUUGUCCCUCCCCUGUGUCACAGUUCUCACACUGUCCUGUGGUCAUGGCGGACCACCUUCUAAGAGUGGCCCUAAGCCUCUGCCAUCCCCACCCGGACAAGAUAGCACGGCCGCCAUUGAAGUGCAGGGAGAUGGUGGGGGGAGAUUAAGGAGAGUCUUAAUGCCCCACAAAGACUUCACCCACUUAAAGAUAAUCUGAAAGUAAUAGAGCAGGCUGGGAUUAAUUGUAGAACAAUGCAGGUUGUGUCCCUGGGAAGGUGCUAAGUCCCCCUCAGGCCUCUUUGAUGUUCCCUUCAGCCCUCAGCCUUUCCCUGUCCAGCAGAGGUGGAUGCCUUUACACAGAUAACGUACAGAGAUACAGCAAAAGUCACGAGAUCCAUGAUAACUAAUGAGUCUAUAAAUCCAGGAGUUAUGAUAUUUGAUUUGCAUUAUCAUGUCUAGACAUGGCUAGGCUCACUGGGCUCCAAAUCACAUGUUUGACCAGGACUGAAGAGAUUACUCUUCAUCCUGGGAGGACUAAGUGUUUCCUGCUCUGACCAAACGUUUGUCUGGAUCAGGUGGUUUGGAAGAUCUGUACUUCACACUAACGUUCAAACAUAAAGUAUACACAAGUAUACUUGACUGAAACUGCAUUUAGCAGAAGUUGGAUUAAUGUGUACACCUCAAACGAGCCAAAACUGGGCAUGCUCCAAAAUUUGUAUUGUGAUAAUAUCGCAUCAUGGCCCAAGUAUCGUGAUAAUAUCGUAUCGUGGCCCAAGUAUCGUGACCCAAGUAUCGUGAUAAUAUCAUAUCGUGGCAUUAUUAUCAUUACAAUAUUGUAUUAUGGCCCAAGUAUCGUGAUAAUAUCGUAUCAUGGCCCAAGUAUCGUGACCCAAGUAUCGUGACCCAAGUAUCGUGAUAAUAUUGUAUCGUGGCCUAAGUAUCGUGAUAAUAUCUUAUUGUGGCCCAAGUAUAAUGAUAAUAUCGUAUUGUGGCCCAAGUAUCGUGGCCCAAGUAUCGUGAUAAUAUCAUAUUGUGGCAUUAUUAUCAUUACAAUAUUGUAUUAUGGCCCAAGUAUCGUGAUAAUAUUGUAUCAUGGCCCAAGUAUCGUGACCCAAGUAUCGUGAUAAUAUUGUAUCGUGGCCUAAGUAUCGUGAUAAUAUCUUAUUGUGGCCCAAGUAUCAUGAUAGUAUCGUAUCACGGCCCAAGUAUCAUGACCCAAGUAUCGUGACCCAAGUAUCGUGAUAAUAUUGUAUUGUGGCCCAAGUAUUGAGGUAAUAUUGUAUUGUGGCCCAGGUAUCGUGAUAAUAUUAUAUCAUGGCCAAGUAUUUGUGAUAAUAUUGUAUCGUGGUGCAGCUGGUGAUUCCCACUCCUAGCUGACAUGUAAGUAAAGUUAAAGCCCAGGCCUCAGCAUAGCUAAAAUCUUAGCCAUUGCUGUAGCUUUAGCUGUAAUCUCAGCAGUGAUAACCUGAGCAGUAACAAGCACAACCUCAGCCCUACAAACCGUAAAGCAUAGUCUUUGCAGUGCCUGAUAUGUACCCCACCAGGAUUGCUGUAACUCAAAUAUCCCAAGUGUAAAUGUAUAUAACAUUACAGUCCAUAUGUGUAUGCUGCAGACUCUAAAUAGCUUCCUAAGUGACAUUAAAAAUCUGUCUUAAUUUUCACAUGUCUAACUGUAAACUGUCUUCUUCUGCUCCUCUCUGGACGUGGUCCUGUGCCCCUGCUGUGACGGACUUCCUCCUCCACACAGUUUGUAAGUACAUCAUUAGCCCAUCACUCCUCUCUGUCUUCCUCCACAGCUAGUGUCACCAUUGUGUGUCCUGUCCGUGUGAGCCCUCUUUAGCCACCGCUUCCCUCACCGGGGAGCGCGUGGCGGGGACAGAGAUGUCCCUGAGUGAUUGGACAGGUGAGGGUGAUGAGAAGGGAUGGGGGGGUUCACCGCGGUAGGCAGGAACAGAAACGCAGGAAGGGAAGACGCCGCAUCCUGUUCAGCCUCGUCCAUCACCACGACUCAACAGGGAGACCCACCGAGCCGCCUGUCAAACUACCGCUUAGCCAAUCUGUCUUCAGAUGUGACAGCGGGCGGACAAAAGAGACAGGGAUUCUCCAGCCAGACAGCAUCUAUCACAAUCUGUCUGCCAGACGCUCCACACAGAAAGGUGUAGCUCCGUAUCACCUCUCCUUUUUCCCUUUAGAGCAGAAACGUUUCUCCUGCCAGCUGCUGGACUGGUUAGUUAUGCUACGAUUAGCUCAAUUAGCUUCACAGCCUCAAAACACAAAACGCUCAUGUCGUGUUUAAGUCUCUCAUUGGCUUUAAAGAUGUUUCCAGACUUCUGAAGGACCUGAGAAUUUGUUGUUUAAACCUUUUUUGUGCAUCAAACAAAAAGUACAAAUAAAUUUUGUGCUGCGCUGGAUCACAUCAGCUGGACGUCAUUUUAAGAUGACUGCUUUUGUUUGGAUAAAGAUGAAAAAAUAAGAAAAAAAGAGAUGCAGCUCGGCUUAACUGGUACCCAACUUUACAUGCGCCAAGGUGUCAUUUCUGUUAUGCAUGUUAAGAAAUGUCUUUUAGCAUUAAAGCAACAAUUGUAACGUAAAUACGGCGCAAAAUGAACGCAUUGAUUUUUUUAAUCACAGCUUUUUUUAUUCUUUUGGCAAACCUUAGGGUGACCAUAUUCUGACUUCCCAAAAAGAGGACACGACUACUCGGGGCGGAGUCAUGGAGUCGCACGGAGUUAAUUUUGAGAGUUUUUUGGGUCGGAUCAAGUGUUUUUACGCGCUUCUAACUCAUUAAAUCCACCUGACACAAAAUUGAAAACUUUCGUGCAAAACCGCAGACAUUUGAAGGAUUUUAUAAACUCCCCCGGACAAAGCCAAACAGCCCCCAAAAAAGAGGACAUGUCUGGGUUAAAGAGGACAUAUGGUCACCCUACCUUAGUUACAAUCCCACCGCCGCUUUGAUGCAAAGAAAUGACACCAUGGCAUUUUUGAAUAUCUCAUUUCACUACUUAAAAGUACCUAAACACAGGAUAAGUCUCAGGUCAUUUGCAUUUUGUGUCAAACAGAAUUAAGAUAUCAUUAUAGUGCUUAACGUUUGAUUUACCACCUUUGAGCGAAGCCUUUAGAUGCAGGUAAACAGACCGAUGUUAGGGUGCAAACACAUCACAAAGGCUGGCAGAGCACGACCUCGGUGUUGUCAUUUGAGUAUCAAACAAAAGCGUCUUUCAUUUCAUCCAAACAGCUGCACCGCGUCUUUCUUAAAGGAGUCAAUUUUAACCGUCUUGAGUGUUUCAGCCGUUCACCGUUAAUUCUGAAAUGGUCACCGUUUGAUUCUCCGUGUUAAGGGUCAAACUCUGAAGGCAUGCAGGUGGCUGUUUGGCCAACAUCUGCACCUCCGUACUCUGCUUUCACCUGUUGAUGGCCCAUAAUUACACAGCUUAAAGCGUGCGGGGAAACUGUGGAGAUCACAGCUCUGCUCCGACAGGUGGAUGUGGUUUGCAGUUUUCCUUGUACAUACAUGUGUCUAUUAUUUUCACUCCUGUGGGUGUAUCUCUCACAGUCAUGUCCCGGGGCCCUGUGUUUCCCUCCCCUGACGUGUGCUGACAGUAGUGGGUGAUGUCUGGGUGGGUCUCCACUCUGCAGGUCACACUAACAUCAUCAAUCUUCCCCCUGGUGACAGGCGGCCAGGCCCCCCGACUGUGGGCACAGGGCUGUGUUGUUUUGUAAUUAGGCUCUGUUAGAUGGCAGGAAACCAUCCCUCCAUACCUCUCUCUCACAGUCCCUCUAUUCCUGCGCUCCCCUCUGUGCACAGUUGGCUCUCUGCCCUCACACGGCCAAACAGAAAGCUGUCUUGUACCGCACAGACUCCUGUAAUGAUGCUACAGUUGUUGCAACAAGACAAAGUAGUUUGCAACACACAAUAAAAAAGACUGACUGUCUCUCUUCUCUCUUGUUGCACACAGACGGCUCUGCACUGGGCUGCUAAACACGGCAGUGAGGACAUGGCCACUCUGGUGGCUAACGCCGGCGCUGACGUCAACAUCAAAUCAGUGAGUGCAUUUUUAUGAAUGAUUUAAAGGGGCACUCCGUAGUUUUUCACAAACAUUUUGAGAUUUUUUUUUUUUUUUAAUACAACCUAUAUCUCACCUAGCCCCCCCCCCCCCAACUUAAAGGGAUAUUCAAGCGUAAAAUUAAUUUAAGGUCAAACACACUGUAAUACCGAGUUAGACCCCCCCUCCAGAGAUGAAUGUUGCCGACCGCUUGCUUCUCUAGUUAUACCAACUUUAGUAACGACCGCACGAUAGCAAUACACAGCAGUCUGAGGAGUCAUAAUCAAACCUCAACCAAAAUGCCACUCUAUAGCCACAAAUAAUGCUCAGAACAGCACCUAACUUCAUCAACAGGACAUAUAGGGUCACAGACAUAGUACUAGACACCAAACAUCUUUUUAACUUUGACUAAUUUCUUUAGCAAAGAGACUAAACACAACUCACCUACUCUCUUCCAGCAGCUGCUUGUUUGUAGUGAGACCUCAGGCCAGUCCAUUAUGGACUACAGCGGGGUGACGCAGCUCAAGGAAGAACAUUUAUGAUCAUUACUUCAUGGAAAUGCAAUCAGAUCAUUGUGCACCGCCUCUGCAGUGCAAAAUGAUUAAUAUGCUGAUUUUUACUCCAAGGAAAUGAUAAAGAAAUGAUCAGAAAUGUUCUUCCUUGAGCUGCGUCACCCCGCUGUAGUCCAUAAUGGACUGGCCUGAGGUCUUGCUACAAACAAGCAGCUACUUACUAAAGUUGGUAUAACUAGAGAAGUAAGCAGUCGACAACAUUCAUCUCUCGAGGAGGUGUCUAACUCGGUGUUAUGGUGUGUUUGACCCUAAAUUAAUUUUACGCUGGAAUAUCCCUUUAAUUUAGCCCUGCUGAGAUGACUAGUGUACUUUUCUCAAGGGGUAUAAACCGUUUUACAUACUGUACGGACUAUUGAACUUUAAAUAAGUAAAAAAGAAGUAAUAUAAGCUGAACUUUGAGGUUAAAAUUGGUGGAAUGCCCCUUUAAUCUCACUGUGUAGUACUGUUGAUGCGUUUUUAGCACAUUUAAUGACUUCUCUGUGCUUUUCUUUCCUCCAGCAUGUGAGUAUCCAGUUUUUUCCCACCUCCAAGGAGGCGAUGCGUACCCACAGUAAGUCUUUGAUUUCACUGCGGCGUCUCUCGGUGAUGUAAUGAUCCUAAAUGAUCGGCGUGAACAUCCAGCUGUGAAAAUGUAUUACAGCAGCACGUGUUGCCGGAGUGCUCCGCUAAUAAAUCAUGUCAUGUCAUGUUAAUUGUUUCCCAAAACAGAGGGUCUAUGUCUCAACACGCAUGACCCAACAACAGAGCAAUUUUCAGGGAAUUACGAAGCAAUUAUGUUUUUAUCAUUAUCUUAUGUUUCCAUAACCUUUGCUAAUUUGUAUAUUUUCUUCUCAUGCUGUUUUCAUUGGCGGCGUUCGGGCCUGGGAACCUGCAGGGGGUACGUACUAAAGCACUUUUCCAGUUAUACCCCUGAGAUCAAUGGUUUCCUUUAACCUUCCUGUGACAGUGAUGAGGGUCUGCUCGCAAAUUAUAAACAUUUCAAAGUUAAAUUUCCAGUUUUUUGUUCGUCUUCAUAUAUUUUUUUGUUUGUCUUCUUCUUUUCUCUGCAGGGAUACACACCUUUACACAUCGCAGCAUUACACGGCCAUCAGCAUAUUCUUGACCUGCUCAUAGGAACAUACGGUAAAAACUGAUUUCACUAAAUUAGAGCAGCUUUGCUUAAAGCUCCUGUGAGGAGCGUUUUGACAUUUAUCAAAAAAAGCUUGAAUCCAUAUAGGAAAGCAAACAAGACCAUCAGCAACAAGACUGACAAAUUUUAUAUUUUAGUUUCUAAUGCAGAGCAGCUGAAGAACUCUUUGCAUGUAGAGGACAACGUAAGCAGAGACUGCUGUGUCCACAGGGGGCGCCAAAACCAACACAAACCAAACGAUCCUCGCAGGAGCUUUAAAGUCAAAAGUGUUUUACCUUUUAAAGCUACUUGGAGGAACAUUUUGUUUGUGUUGAUUUUGGCGCCCCCUACUGAUAAGCUUUCCUUGAACAGUCAAAUGCAACAUUAACGGUGCAUCUUUGCUCUUUUAGAAGUGCGCAGUAGAUCACUUAGACAUGAUUUGUUUUGUUGCCGACAGUUUAAUUUGUUUUUAUACUUUAAAUAAAAGCAUCAGUAGUAACUUUAGUCUUUUUUAUAACCUGCGAAAAACUUCUUACAGGAGCUUUAAAUACAUGUAAACCCCCUGGGUGGGAUCUUAUUCAAAAGAAAAGCCUCUUCUACAUUACUGUAAAUUUUAUAAAAACAUGAUUUUACAGAAUUGGUUUAUUAAAUCAGUUCAGAGUCGAACAUGUUUGUUAAGUUUGACAGUGAAGUAAUUUACUUGCAGCCUCCUCUUAAUUUUAGUCUCAUAUUCAGAGAUGUCAUUUUAUCCCAACAGGUGCCAAAGAAAACUUGAGGGACUACAGCGGCCAUCUCGCCGGCCAUUAUCUGAAAAUUAAAGAACCAGAGGCGCCGGAGGAAGACUGUGAAAUACGUGAGUAUCUUGUAAAAUAGGUCAAAAAUGAAUGACAUCACCCUGUAGCUGGUUGUGUCUUUCUUAUCCACAUGCAUAAGGAUAAUUUAUGAAUGGAAAUGAGAAUGAAGCAAAAAGGAUUUGUGACAGAAGUAUCACUUAAAAUAGGCUUUCUCUUAUAACUACAGGUCUACAUGAUUAGUUAAAAUAUUGAUCUCUGUGCACUCAGGAGAAAACAACCUUCCUGUUUUGGUUUUGCAAUCAAGACGAAAACCUAGUAUAAGUUGUAAUCGUGAAUUGUGUUUAAUUACCAAGUUUUUCCUUCUUUCUUUUUCUGCUCCAGAGUUCCACGUCACUCAGGCCAGAGAGCGCAACAGGAACAGGAAGCUGGCGUCGUUGUUUCACUCGAAGAAGAAAUGGGGUUCGGCGGAGGAUCUCGCUCCGAUAGAGGAGGAGAGGACGGCUUCGCAUCAGCUCGUCCUUCCUGCGUUCAGACCCAGAAAAUUCUCCCGCUGA